AUGGAUGAACCGACAAUUUUUAAAUAUAAAUUUACACCUAUUGAUAGAAAUACAGUUAAAUAUAACUUUUUAAAUGCAUAUGACAAUAAAUUGAGCUAUAUUGAAUUUAUAAAACUUUUACAUUUAGGUGAUGAAAAAUUUUUAGACAUAUUCACAAAAGCUUUGAAUGAAGCAACGGAUAAACUAUCCGCAUAUUUUUGGGAAUGCCCCCCCGUAUCUAAAGAAACAACAAUUAAACCGUUUGAAUUUGUAGUAACUAAAUCUGCUACAUUAAGUUAUAUUGAACAGGAUUACUCAAGCUUCAAAAACAAAAUUACUGAAUGUCAAAACAAAGAUGUUUGUAGUUUUAUUAAUCUAGGAAAAGAUGCGACUUUAAUUGUUCCUAUGCCUUGCCACGAUCUUGAUUAUAAAAAUCUUAGUAAUUUUACUAAGAAUGCUCCAAAAAAACAACAGAUCAAGUUUUGGCAAGAAGUAGCUACUAAAUUGACUGAAAGUUUGGACAUCGGUACUCCUAUAUGGUUAUCCACGAAUGGUUUAGGUGUUCAUUAUUUGCAUAUACGGAUUGAUAAUAAUCCAAAAUACUAUUCUUGGAAUGAAUAUUAUGAAGAAAAGAUACUUCCAUUUUACAAAAAGGGCUAUUCAAUUAGCUCUAUGCAAACUUUUAAUUAUGACCAACAAAAACCUAUAAAAAUGGGGCUAAAAACUACGCCAAGCAUUGAACAAAAUAUUGAACCAAACAUUAAACCAAAUGUUGAAACAAUUGUUAACCCGAAAAUAGAACCUAAAGCUGGGCCAAAUAUUGAGCCAAAUGUCGAACCAAAUGCUGAGUCAAAAGUGGAGCCAAAAGCUGAACUAAAUACUGAACUAAACAUUAAACCAAUAAUUUGA